AUUCGAGUUAUGCAGACAUCUUGAUGCCUUCCGGCCUGCAUAUUUGACCAGGGGAUCCGUCUUGCAGGCGUCGCUUAACCAGGAUACAAAAUUGAGGUUUCGGGAACGGUCGGAUAGUGGAGAUCCAGUAGACGAGUCAUAGCACCAUGGAUACGAUGGUCUAACAAAGAACUAAAACCGGGCUGUGAUCGGCGAGUCUUCUGACCGUCGGAUAAAACUUGUGAGCUAUUGGGAUGCUAUUGACCCCUGAAAAUUUCAUGACACCUUGCUUCUCAAGUAUCCAAGGUGUAUUUAAAAUCGGCACGAAUUGAAUGCACCUGGAAAAGCAUGAUUGUUGUGAAUGUCACCACUAGCAACCCGAGUCAAAUUAUCACACCCUUCGUUACCACGCAAGACGCAACAACCACAAUGGCAGAGACAGUAGUGAUACUGGGUGCAGGUUACGCCGGAAUUGGCAUUGCACACAUGCUGCUCAAACACACGAGGCCCAAGGUCAAGGAACUCACGGUUGUCCUCGUCUCGCCAACUACCCAUCACUACUGGAACAUGGCGGCCGUACGGGGUAUAAUACCUGGAGAGUUUGCGGACGAGCAACUAUUCAAAGCUAUUGAGCCGGGCUUUGAGAACUACCCCCAGAACGCCUUCAAGUUCGUCCUCGGCACAGCAACAGGCAUAGACAUCACUACGAACAGUGUGUGUGUCAAGACCGCCAGCGACAUCACCACCCUUGGAUACACGCACUUGAUCAUCGCCACCGGAUCAUCAUAUCCAGGGAGCCUGCCGUUCACGAUCGUGGGAACGUACGAAGCGAGCAUCUCGGCCCUUCACUCCUUGCAGGAGGAGGUGAAGACUGCCAAGUCUAUUGUUAUAGCGGGUGGUGGGCCAACUGGCGUUGAAACCGCAGGAGAGCUUGCCCAGACGUUUGGUGAUACCAAGCAGAUUACUCUCAUCACGAGUGGUGACAAACCUCUUCCUGGUCUGCGCUCUGACGUUGGCAACUCUGCUGCAGUGGAACUUGAAAGGUUGAAGGUCAAAAUCAUUCCUGGGGUUCAUGUAACCUCGACCAACACCACAGAUCACCAGGCGUCGGUCACCCUUUCUGAUGGCCAGACUCUUUUGGCGGAUCUUUACCUCCCGUUAUACGGGAUGCGUCCCAAUAGCCAGUUUAUUCCCGCUCAGCUCCUGGAUUCCCGAGGUAAUUUGAAGCUGGAUAAGAAUCUCCGGGUUACAGGAGUCGACAACGUUUGGGGUGUUGGGGAUGUGGGCGAUCUUGAGCCUAAACAACUCAUCUACGCUGAAAGGCAAGCAAUCCACCUGGGGAAAAACCUGGAUGCCGUUCUCGUUGGCAGGAAAGAAGAUGUCAAGGAUUUGAAGCCUGCUGUGACCCCACAGGUGUUUGUCACUAUUGGAAAGAAAACUGGUACUGGGCAGUACAAUUGGGUAAAAAUACCUGGUUUUGUUGUUAGUGCCGCCAAGGGGCGGACCUUUUUCAGUGACAAGGGGAGUGGCUUGAUAGCGGGGAAGAACAUUGUGAGAUCAUCAAUCUGAGAUUAGCAGUUGAAAUACAGGAUACCAUACCCGGACCAGUGUAAGGUUUGUGGACAUGCAGUGAUUGAAUAUCGAAUAUGUGGAGAAGGAUAGAGAUGUAUUUACCUUGGAACUAAAAUAUAUGCAAAUCUAG